CAUUUUUGCCCUAAUCAGCUGUUUAUCAGCCAAUCUUCCGAAACUUGUAGACUCAUUCAUUCCGCGAUUUCACAACAUGCUGGACAAAAUAAAGCACAUCAUCCUGGUCCUGUCCGGGAAGGGCGGCGUCGGCAAGUCCACCGUCAGCACCCAGCUGGCCCUGACCCUGGCGGAAUCCGGCCACAAGGUUGGCCUGCUGGACAUUGACCUGUGCGGGCCGAGCGUGCCGUUCCUGCUGGGUCUGGAAGGUCACGACGUGCACCAGUGCGAGCAGGGCUGGGUGCCGGUGUUCAGCGGAGCGGACCAGCGGCUGGCGGUCAUGUCGAUUGGGUUUCUGCUGAAGAACCGGGACGAGGCUGUGAUUUGGCGCGGGCCGAAGAAGACGGCGAUGAUCAAGCAGUUCCUGGAGGAUGUCGCGUGGGACGAGCUGGACUAUUUGGUCAUUGACACGCCGCCGGGGACGUCGGACGAGCACAUAACCGUGAUGGAGUGCCUGAAGGGGGUGAACGCCGAUGGGGCGAUCAUCGUGACGACUCCGCAGGAAAUGGCGCUGGAGGAUGUGCGAAAGGAGGUCACGUUUUGCAAGAAGACGGGGAUUGCGAUUCUGGGGAUUGUGGAGAACAUGAGCGGGUUCGUGUGUCCCAAUUGUGCCGAGUGUACGAAUAUAUUUUCGUCCGGGGGAGGAGUGGCUCUGGCUGAGUUGGCACAGGUUCCACACUUGGGAACGCUGCCGAUUGAUCCGCGGGUGGGAGCGCUGGCCGGGACGGGGAAGGCGUGCGUGACGGAGCUGCCCGAUUGUACGACAUCGCAGGUGUUGAAAAGUAUUGCCAAGAGUAUUGGGGCGGAAUAAAAGACGUUUUUAAGGUUUGUUAAAAA